AUGACACUUCCGGUGGCCAUUUUGAGCGAGGACGAAGAGAAAUUUCUCACCAGGUCGGUAGUGGGUAACCAGACGGUGUACGAUGGUUACAGUGUAGCCCUGCUGAACACGGUAGCUGACUCUCUAGGGUUCGAGUACCAGUUCGUGUCCGUCGAUGAUGGCGGGUACUACGGGACGGUCUUGGACAAUGGGGAGGCAACUGGAAUCACGGGUCAACUUGCAAGAAGAGAAGCGGCCCUGUCUACAAUGCCGCUAAGCAGAACGGAGAGCAGACGACAAAAGAUAGACUACAUCCUGACGCCUAUAGCAGUGGAGGAAAUCGUCAUCAUUUACAGACUUCCGGUGGCCAAAGAACAUCUUGACCUGACCUACCUGGACAUCCUACAGCCGGAGUUCUGGCUCUACCUGAUUGGUCCGAUGCUGGUGGUGGGCGUCAUCGGUGUCGUCAUUCACGUGCUGACGUCAUCCUGUUACUCGUCUGGACCUCGGCCGUUUUCCAGACGUGACAUAAGAUCACUGACCACAUUCCCUGACCACAUCUGCUUCCACACCGAAAGAAAAUACAAAGUCCAGUCCGGCCUGAUCCUCCGGACAUCCUGGGCCAUCUUCUGGUUCAUCCUCAGCUCGGCCUACUCGGCUUACCUGGUCACCACCUUCACGGUCAAGACACCGGAACUGACCAUCAAAACCUUCAAACAGCUCCUGGACCACCCUGACUACACCUUCGGCAUGAUGCAGCGCGAUACGUCUCUUCUAAACGCUCUACGGACUUCAAAAGACCCAAUUCUUCAUUCAAUAUGGUCACGGAUGGUUGAACGCAAUAAAACAGACCCGCGGACGUUCAGCGUGUCGUACCAGUACCACACAGACAGAGUUCUACGCGGGCAUUACGCUUUCUUCAUUGACACCUCCAUUGAUGUUUUCCCCCGAGAGUCAUACCCAGAUGUCAGGACUUACCCGCAAAAAGGUUUUGAAGAAUUGAACAAUGCGUAUAUUUCAACUCCACAGAACACGUUUUACGCCGAAGACUUAUCGAAGACGCUUCUGUCUAUGGAAGAGACGGGCAUCAUUGAGAAACUGCAGAAGGUGUAUUUUUCUAGAGAGAAAGUCCUUCACGACAAGAGCAAAGUCAGCGAGAACCAGGCCGUGACCUUUCAGAGGGUUUGA